UUCAGUGGGUUGUGGUUGGUUGAGUGGGGACUAACCAUGUUCAGUGAUAGUCAGUGUCUUUGGUACUUGUCUAGCACUAUUCGGUAUUUCCCCAAAGCUUCCCAAAUACCUUCCUUGGAUCCUAGCAUGGGUAUAUGCUCAUCACUAUCAUAA